CGCGAGGGACAUGCGACGGCCGUUUUCUAUCAAAAUCGUGGGCCUUGCCAGCCCGCUUCGAGUCCCCCGCAACCAUCAGAAAACGGGCCCAGAUGACGAGUCGGUCCCAGGGGAAGGGAUUCAAGAGGUUGUCGGGAGCUUGAAAAGCACACGCAACAUAACUUUCGCGGGCGUUUUCUCCACUGGCGCCAGCCGUCCCCGCAAAGCCAAGGGCGUCGCCUAUCAAAUCGGACGCCUGGCGCGCCUCACGCCUUGCGAGCUAGGGAGGGGUGUGGCGCCAGCGGGGGAACCGUCCGCGACGAAAGGUUUCUACUCGCCUUGUUCGGAGUUCGCUGAGGAGGUGGUGGUCGGGCUGCCCGGGCUCGGCGAGAUGCAGGGCUCCAUCGAGCGCCCGCCGCAUGACAGCAGAGCGUCUGGCGCGACGCCCCCCGUCGCGAGGUUCUUGCGCGUGCCCUUUGCCAAGGCCCCCGUCGGCGACCUGCGCUGGCGUUCGCCGCAGGCCCACGGACCCUGGAAGGGCACCCUGAACUGCACGGCCUUCGGGCCCGCCUGCCCAGGGGCCGGCGGCGCCGCCGCCGUGUCGUCGGAGGACUGCUUGUUCCUCAACGUCUUCGCCCCGCUGGACUCCGUCCUGGCGGCGGCCAGCCGCGGCCCGCGGCCGCCGCGGCUGCCGGUGCUGGUCUGGAUGCACGGGGGCGGGUUCGCCAGCGGGUCGCCAAGCUUGGGGCCGCCGGCCCGCGGCGAGGAGCUCGUGUCCGCCUCUGGCGGCUCGGUCGUGCUCGUCACUGUGGCCUACCGCUUGGGCGUGCUCGGCUUCCUGGGCGGCCACAAGAGCAUCGCCGGCAGGAGCACCGAGGGCGCCAUGGGCAACUUUGGCAUCGAGGACCAGCGUAUGGCGCUGGAAUGGGUGCGCGAUUUCGUCCGCUUCUUCGGUGGCGACCGCCAGCGCGUCACCAUUGCCGGAGAGGGCUCGGGCGGCGCAUCGGUGCUGCAGCACCUGGUGCGCGGAGACUCGUGGUCGCUGUACUCCGGCGCGGUCAUCCAGGGCGGCGCGCUGUAUAGCACAGUGACGCCCUCCCAGGCGAAGGCCAAUUUCCUUGCGCUGCUGCGUUCGACGGGCUGUGGCGGCAUCGACUGCCUGCUCAGGCUGGACGAGGCGGCCCUGCUCGAGCGUGGCGACGCCGUCUCCCAGGCCGAGUCCAACUGGUGGCCCGUGGCCAUGCGCGCUCCGAUGGAGCUCGUCGCCAAGGGGGAGUACAACCGGAUGCCCCCCGUCCUGCUCGGUGCCUCCGAGGACGAGUGGGCCUCGCUGGUGUUGGGCGACCGCUCCGUCUAUCCCAGGGCCAUGAACGCGGCCGAGCAGGACCACGCCCUGGCAACGCUGCUGGGCGACGCCGGGCUGGAGCUGGCCCUCCAGGACCGCGCAGACGACGCCCGCUGGAACUCCAGCGGCACGGGGAGUGGGUGCAGCCACGAGUGGUGGAAGUCGCUCCGGACCCUCAGCGACUGGCUCGUGGGCGUGUGCCCGCACAGGCACGCCGCCGCCGCUCUCUCCGAAGGCGGCACCCCGUCGGUCUACUUCUACCAGUUCACCCAGCCGCCGCCAGGGUCGGGGGACGGCCUCGUGCCCCAUGGGAGCGAGCUGCCCUACCUGUUCGGCCUUGGCUCGGGGGAGGUGCUACGCGAGGAGGCGGAAGCCCAGCUGGCGUGGCGUGUGCGCGAGUACUGGCUGAAUUUCGUCAGGACGGGCGACCCGAACGAGGCUGGUCUGCCGCACUGGCCUCCCUUCUCAAGCUCUGAAGGUGCCGCGCGCCUCGCCGCUGGCCCCGGUGGCGUUCGCGCGGUGGCCUCCAGCGGCGCCUGCGACUUCUGGGAGGCCUGGCGCGCGGAGCAGUCUGGGUUGGGCGGCGGGCACUCCAUCGCGGGCGGCCUGGCUGAUCGGCAGCUCCUGCUGCUGGAGACCGGCCCGCUGCGCGGCUGGUCCGGCGGGUCGCUGCGCGCUGAGCCGACCCUGGCGCCGGCCGCGUUGAGGGCCAGGCUGGGCGUCGGCAGCGCGCAGCAGCCAGGGACCAGCGCUGACCACUGGCUGCCCGUCGCUGCGCUGCUGUCGCUGGUCGUGGUGGGCACUGCGCUCCUGGCGUCGGCGUGCCGGGCCUGGCCCACGGGCGACGAGGCGCAGGCGCCGAGGUCCAGAUCCAGAAGCAGCAGUCCGGGGCGCAGUCUGGAGCUGGGCGCGUCCAGGGCCGGUAAAAGUCCGGACCGCAACGACGACCGCGAGGCCUCGGCGCCAGGGGUCCGAUACCAGCUGUUGCCGCCUGGCUCGCCAGGGCUCGUUCCUGGCCCAGAGCGAGGCCGCCCAACCUCAGCGCCUGGGACCCGCUACCAGUUGCUCCAGGGGGCGGCGCCUGUGGCUAAUCGAGGCUGACCGCGAGCCGUGCCGUGAAGACCCAAGGUCUCACAGGCGCCCGCGCCAGUCAGCAA